UAUUACGCCUGUGUUCCGAGAUAAGCAGUGCUGCUGCUGGUUCCCCCCAUUAACUGAUAACAAGUGAUUAAAAGUCGGUGGUUUAUAGCUUUCUGAGUGUACUAUCGACGGGAUCUAUAUCACUAGCGAGUCUAAAAGAAUUCAUUUCAUUCAGUUGAGAUCUACCUGUUGGUAGAACAAGUUGCCACUUCCUGGCCCUGGUCUCUGAUUUUUUAGGAUCAAAAAUACCACGUUAAGAUAUCUUAGAAUGGCGCAACUGAAGGGAUUGGGGCGACUGCUGAUCGCUGUGACCUUUUUCACGGCCGGCUUCUUCAUCAAUAUUGCUCAGCUUUUGCUGAUCGUGCUGGUGAGACCCUUUGACAAGCGUCUCUCUCGGAGUAUUAUGUAUUAUCUCACCUACUCUUUUUAUUGCAUUCUGGUUUGUGUGGCUGAAUGGUAUGCUGGCAGCAAACUGAGGGUCUACAUCGAUCCCGAGGACGAACAGAAGUUCUUUGGCAAGGAGCACGGCCUGCUCCUGAUGAACCACACAUAUGAGAUUGAUUGGCUCACCGCCUGGAUGAUCACGGACAAACUGGGCAACCUGGGUGGCACCAAGGCCUAUGCUAAGAAGAUGCUUCGCUACGUUCCUAUCAUGGGAUGGGUCUGGUGGAUGGCCGAGUUCAUCUUCCUGGAUCGUAACUUCGAGAAAGACAAGAUUGUGAUCAAGAACCAGCUGAAGGAGGUCUUCUCCUAUCCGGAUCCUGUGUGGCUCCUUUUGAAUGCAGAGGGAACCCGCUUCACUCCUGCCAAGCAUGAGCUGUCCGUGAAGUUUGCUAAGGAACGCGGUCUGCCCGAGCUCAAGCAUCACUUGAUUCCGCGAACCAAGGGAUUCACCACCAGCCUGCCCACGAUGAGAGGCAUCUGUCCUGCCAUCUACGAUAUCAAUCUGGCCUUUAAGAGGGAUGCCGAGCCAAAGCCUACGAUGCUGUCCCAGUUGAAUGGUGAGCCCGUGGAGCCGUACAUGUACAUUCGCCGAGUGCCGCUGGAUCAGGUCCCUGAUGGCGAAAAGGAGGCCGCUGCCUGGAUGCAGGACUUUUUCGCGGAGAAGGACAAGAUCAUCGACAGUUUCCACGAAACCGGAAGCUUCUUCAAGGCUUCGGGCGUGAAAGCUGUUCCCGAAAAGAUCUAUAAGCCGCGUCUUAGCACGCUCCUCAACUUUAUUGGCUGGGCCAGUUUUGCCUCUCUGGGAAUUCUGAACUAUUUGGUCACCUCCUUGAUUGCGGGCAACUGGCUUGGAUUCUUCACCGUCGUAUUGAUCCUCGGAGGAUUUUAUGGUCUCAUGGAGCACGCCGUUAAUGCCUCGAAGAUCAGCAAAGCGUCUGCUUAUGGCACUGCUGCUAAGAAGUAGGUUCCUAGCAAAGGGUUUUUUUAAACUCGGUGACUCCUUUUUAAUGAGCUGGAUUACAUUUAAUCAUUACUCAAUUGCAUGACAAUAGGAAUAAAGUACAUUUGGUGGAAUGUAUGCACGAAUGAAAUGAAAGUAAAUUGAAUAAAAGUACUGAAAAUUAAA